CUCCUUUUCCCCAGCUGGGAGCCCGAGGAGCCACGCUGGGAGGACCCUCUCCACAGGAUGUUCUCUCCACCAAAGACCUCCCUGUGAGCGGCGAUGAUGACAGUCCCGGCGGGACCUCGGGAAGCACUAACAUUUCAGUAGCCCUGCACCCUUGGGUGGCCGCCUUCCCCUCCUUCUCCGCCCCCCGCCCUCCCUCCGCCCCCCGGGAUGGUGUAUUAACCAAGAAGAGCCCUGCUUCUGUCCUCCUCGCCCACCCAUUUUCGGCAGCUCUGGGAUUUGUAUGGCAGCAGCGUAACCGUGGAGAGGCCGGGGUAUCACAAACUUAUGGAUUUUGAUAAGAGAGGAGGGAAAGGGGAGCUGGAGGAAGGUAAAAGGAUGUCCAAGACAGGUGGAGGAAGGAGCGGUCAUGGAGGCCGGGGCACUGGAACCAACUCGGGGGUGCUGAUGGUGGGCCCCAACUUCCGCGUCGGCAAGAAGAUCGGAUGCGGCAACUUCGGGGAGCUCCGUCUAGGAAAGAACCUCUACACCAACGAAUACGUAGCGAUCAAAUUGGAACCCAUAAAGUCCCGGGCCCCCCAGCUGCACCUGGAGUAUCGGUUCUACAAACAGCUUGGCAAUGCAGAAGGAAUUCCUCAGGUUUACUACUUUGGCCCCUGUGGGAAGUACAACGCCAUGGUGUUGGAGCUGCUGGGCCCCAGCCUGGAAGACCUCUUUGAUCUGUGUGAUCGAACCUUCACGCUCAAGACUGUCCUGAUGAUCGCCAUCCAGCUGAUCACACGGAUGGAGUAUGUCCACACCAAAAGCCUGAUCUACAGAGACGUGAAGCCGGAGAACUUCCUGGUGGGGCGGCCGGGCAGCAAGCGGCAGCACACCAUCCACAUCAUCGAUUUUGGCCUGGCCAAAGAGUACAUUGACCCCGAGACCAAAAAACACAUCCCCUACCGAGAGCACAAGAGCCUGACAGGGACAGCACGUUACAUGAGCAUCAACACCCACCUCGGGAAAGAACAAAGCCGCAGGGACGACCUGGAAGCAUUAGGGCACAUGUUUAUGUACUUCCUCCGCGGGAGCCUUCCUUGGCAAGGCCUCAAGGCCGACACGCUGAAGGAGAGGUACCAGAAGAUCGGCGACACCAAACGAGCCACCCCGGUGGAGGUGCUCUGUGAGAACUUCCCAGAGGAGAUGGCCACGUACCUGCGCUACGUGCGGCGGCUGGAUUUCUUUGAGAAGCCCGACUACGACUACCUGAGGAAGCUCUUCACGGACCUGUUCGAGAGGAACGGUUACGUGUUCGACUACGAAUACGACUGGGCAGGGAAGCCUCUGCCCACACCCAUUGGCACGAUGCACAGCGAGGUGCAGGUGCAGCCCCCGAACAGAGACAAAGCACAGCCACACACCAAACACCAGGUGAGCUGGGGCACGGCCGGGGCACGGCGACCACGGGCUCGGGCAGCCUGGGCUGUGGCUCUGUGGGCACGGAGGAGCCCGGGCUGGAGCAGGGACUGGACAUUCCUUUUCCCCCAGUGCUGUCUGUGGAGAGUUCCCCAGCACAGCGUGGGGUCUGUGGCUCGUGGGGGCCCAGGGCAGUGUCCCCCAUUCCCUGGCAGAAGCAGGAGGAAGCAUCGUGGGGGCUGUGGCAGGGCCAGGGGGUGCCAGGCCUGGGCAUCAGCCACUGAGCUGCAGGGUCAGCCCGGGGUGAUGGAUGAGGGAUUGGUCCAGGCUGAGGACCUGUGUCCCCAGCGCCGUGUCCCCGUGGGGUAA